AUGGCGACCUCGUCAGCAGAAGCCCUUGCAGCACUCAAGCAGCUGGAGGAGAAGGGCGAUUUAAAGAAGCGUCUUGCGAUUAUUCGCAUCAGCGAGCCAAUUUCCGCGGAGGUGGGGGGAUCUUACCCCUCUCCUUCAAAAAGAAGCUCUGAUGUGUCUGUCUCGAACUUCGAUGAUCCAACCCCAGCCUCAUUGGAGGCUGAUCUCUCACAUUACAAGGAACUAUUCUCGAAGCUGCGAUUCUCCUACCUCGAGCAAGUGACAAAGGAAAAGUUCCUGCGCUCCAUUGUUGGCGACCCGCCGGUCAUUGUCGGACACAAUGAGAACACAGAACUGGAGACACAACUAGCAGACGUCAAAGCCGAACUUAAGGCACGAAAAGAAGAUGCACGGAUCAUGAUAGAGGAGAUGGAGCAAAUGGGGCGCGAUUUGGCAAGCCGUUAUAAGAAUGUUGAGCUACAGACAACGCAGCUCUCAACACUACCUGCAUCGAUUGAGAAUCUUGAGUCCACAAUCGCCACUCUCCGAGCUAAGCAGGUCGUCAAUAUGGAUCCUUCCGAUCCUAACAACGCUUCCUCGUCGCAGAACCUUCCUCUCCCUGCGACCUUGGCACUGUUAGCAGAUCGUGAGGCAGAACUGGCGUCUUUGAAUCGCCAGCUUGCUGCUUUGAAGAACACAUUGCCUCGGAAGACUCGAGAGGCGGAGGCAAUGGAGAGAGAGUGCGGUGUGCUGGAGCGACGGAAGUCAGAUGCGAUCAUGCAAGCGCGUGAAGCACAACGCAAGAAGCAGCAAGGAGAGAGUGAUGGACUAGAGGAGAUGGGACGUUGGUAUAGAGGAGCGGAAGAGACCCUAAAGGAACUGGUGGGUACGGAGUCUUAA